CAAAAGUACGACAAGGGGCGUCAUAUAUGAUUGAUAUUCCACGGAGAAAGCCCUGAAUCCCUGAUCGUAUCUUUCCCCCGUCAGAGUUGCAAUGGCGGAGAAGAUUAACCAAGAUGGCAUGGUGGCAUCAACAGAUUCUGCAGAGGCCAUGGCGGAGAACAUCAGCCAAGACUGCACGCGGCUGCCCCAUGAGAUCCUCAUGGAGAUCCUCGCGCGGCUGCCGGCCAAAUCGGUCGCCCGCCUCGGCACCGUCGCAUGAGUGGUCCGCCAUGCUCUCAACGGCCUACUUCAUCGACCUCCAUUACCGGCUAGCCAAUAGGUCCAGCCAUCCCCGGCUACUCCUUUCUCCGAUAAGUGCCCCCUCCGGCUCCAGCGACAGCUAUAUUUACUCUUGGCAGCCCGGUGGUCCGGUCAACAAUCUCAUGAGGGACAAUUUUCCAAUCGGUUACCCUCUUCCUAUCACUAAGCCUUGUCAUGGUCUCAUUCUCAUCGAAUGCACUAGCUAUGGCGGCUACUACGUUUGCAACCCUUCUACUGGUGCGAUCUUGCAAAUCCCAGACAGCGCGGCACCGUUGAAGAUGAUUUGGCGGCCUUCAGUUCAUGGCCAAGCACCUCCAUUCUUCAGUUUGGUAUCUUACGGCCUUGGUUACUGCUCAAUCACAAAGGAGUAUAAGAUCGUACGUUUAUUCUGUCGACAAAAUGUGUGUAUCUGUGAGGUUUUGGUUCUGGCCACAGCUGCAUACUGGAGGCCUACUGCCCAACAACCUCCAUUGUGCUUCGUGAGCCAGAGCAAACCUGCUGUUUUCUUAAACGGCCAUCUGCACUUCCUCUGCCGUGGUGCUGUCAUUAUCACGUUUGACAUCAGCACCGAGACCUUCGGUUCACUGUCGCCACCACCAUGUUUUGUGGAUGUAUCAGCUUCACUGACGGAGCUGGAUGGGUGCUUGUGCUUCAGCUAUGGAAAGCCUAAUAGUGAUGAUCCUAGCUUACAAUGUUUUCCUGCUGAGAGGCUACACGGAAGAGCGAUGGGAGAAGCUUUGUUGCAUUGAUCGCUUAGGUUGGCCAAAAUCUGAACGCACGCUGCUGCGGUCUCGCUGCAUUGCUCCACUAGGUCUGUAUCAUGCAGAAGAUGGACAGAAGGUCAUGUUCGGAACAGGAGCUUGCAAAGUGUUCUCGGUGGAUCCUAUCGGCGGCGCCCUGGAGAUUUUGUUCAAGCCAGAAGAAACCGUAAUUGUCUGC